AUGCCACCAUUUUUUGAUCUGUUGCAGCUCCAGGACGCCAUAACCGCGCGCGCAGUGCCGGUUCUCGAGCGGCUGGCCACCAGCCCGAACCGUCUCAACAAUUCCUUAAACAACCGAUUCGAGCGCGAUGACCCGCCACCAUACGUGUCCUCGAGCGAAUCCGAAGAGGAAGAAGCACUGCACCAUCCGGUGCUCUCUCGGCCCCGAGAGAUAGUCCUCGAAGAAUACAGGGAUCUCCUCAGCAGGCCUUUGAACGACAACGAAACUCAAAAUCUGGUGUCGUCGCUUAAUGGAAUCGGCAUCUACACGCCCGGUGGCCGCUAUCGCUACGAGGCGAGCCGGGAGCAUGACCUGCUGAGCAGCUUUUACAGAUCUGUAAACGCCAACUCACACGCCAAUGAUCUCUUGAAAGGGACAAGCGGCUAUCAGAGGCGCGAUGUCAUUGUAAGGCGCAAUAUCAGGAAGCGAUGGCAGCGCCUUGGCAUCUGGAACCCUGAAUGGGGCAUUCCUGGCCGGGUCAAUAGACAGCCCAACGACAACUUGAGGAGUUGGAAGUGGAAGUGGCAGCAUACCGCCGAUCCGCCUCCCUCUGACCCUCGGCAUCCGGUCAACCGAGCGGUGCAGCUCCGCAGAAACCUCGCCUACGGCGAGUACGCUCCGCCUCCUCCACGCUCCCGCCUUCGAGAUGAUUCUUCCACCUCUGAGGCCGAAUCGUUCAUCAUAUCCAGGCCUUGGUUCGUCUGGGAGGUUGAGAAGUUUGAAUUCAGGGAGAGACAGCGUCGCAUUCCGGUAGAGAAAAGGGGACGCCCGAAUCCUGGCGAAGAUAGUCUGGUAACCAAGUGGUGGAAAGAAAGAGGCGACUGGACACCUGGGUGGAAGUGGCGUCACGAGAGCCCCUCACCGGAACCCGAAGAUCUGACGCUCCUGAACACGGACGACAUGGAUUUCACGCCCUCUGAGGUGGACGCCCUCGAGGUGAUCCCUCCCACUCCGCCGCCAAAGCCGACAACCUUUCAACCGGGCUUGCCGGAGACGGGGGGUCUUUUUGAUGGCCCGUGGCAGGUUGGAGCUGGAGGAGAGCCCCCCCAAUCCGCCGCCACGCCGCCGUGGACGUCCACGCAAGCAGUCCCAGCCAGCAAGGGUUGCUGCUUCAUCACCACCACCACCACCGCGGCGCAGCGCGAGGAUAGCGGCAAGGAAUGCCAAUCCUCCACCGCCACCUCCAGCGGUCACCGCCCAGGGAACGCGGACUCGCAGAUCGAGGGGGCCUCCAGCCGCACCACCGUCGCUCAAUGGACCUUCGGCCGCCGACACGCCUAA